AUGGCUGGAGGCAAAGCUGGUAAAGAUACUGGAAAGUCGAAAGCGAAGGCGAUUUCGCGCAGUGCACGUGCCGGAUUGCAGUUUCCGGUUGGUAGAAUACAUAGAUUUCUGAAGCAGCGGACCACCAGUCAUGGCCGUGUUGGUGCUACAGCAGCUGUUUAUUCUGCGGCGAUCUUGGAAUAUUUGACCGCCGAGGUGCUGGAAUUAGCCGGAAAUGCUUCUAAGGAUCUCAAGGUGAAGCGUAUCACACCGCGACAUCUACAUCUAGCAAUUAGAGGUGACGAGGAAUUGGAUACAUUGAUCAAAGCAACUAUAGCUGGAGGAGGUGUUAUUCCUCAUAUUCAUCGUUCGUUGAUGGGAAAGAAGGGUGGCGGUAUACAGAAGCCAGCUCCGGCGCCUUAA